AUGAGUAGGCAAAACAGUGACUUGAAUCAAGGCAGGAGAGAUUCAGUAUCUGCCUAUGCACGAUUUGAAAGAAUUUUGUUUAAAAAAGGUCGGCGAGAUAGUAGUAUGGGAAUAGGUGGUGACUUUAUGAAUUAUUCAGAAUUUUCUGUAAACUCAUUAUACGAAGUCUUGUUUGAGAAAGAGGAGGAUAGAGGAGAUGGGUUGGAGGAAGAGAAUGCGGGAGAUAGACGAGAUAGAGAAGCAAGAGAUGGCGAUGAAAAUGAGCGUUUACUAUUCAAAUAUAAAGGGUUUAUACCAGUAUCACCAACUUGUCCAAUCACAAUGAAGGAUGUCACUUCGAUAUCAACAGGCACAGUUACAUCGAUUUCAAGUGUCAAGGUGUCAAGGUGUCGAGGUGUCAAGGUGUCGAGGUGUGAAGGUGUCGAGGUGUCGAGGUGUCGAGGUGUCAAUAGUGUCGAGGUGUCGAGAUGUUGA